AUGGAGAAAGAACAUGUAAUAGAGGAUGAGUAUUUGACAGAUGAACUUGAUAGUGCCUCAGAUAACAGUAGUGACAGUGAAGGUAGGCCAGCAAUAGUCAGGUUUAGGGAAGAUGAGGAAAUGACUAAGAAUUUUAAAUUCAAGGUAGGAAUGGAAUUUUCAUCAUUGAAGCAGUUCAAAAGUGCAAUACUUGAUCAUAAUGUUUUGAACGGGAAGGAAGUAAGAUUCAAAAAGAAUGAUGCUAGAAGAUGUAGGGUUGUAUGCAAAAAAAAGGAUAAGUGUAAGUACCUUGUCUUGUGUAGUAGAGUUGUAAGGACAACUACUUUUAGGAUUAAGACUCUAUUCCCUAAGCAUAAAUGUGGAUGGGCAUUUUGGAAUAAGAAUGCGAAGGCAGACUUGGUUGCUAAAAGGGUUUUCGACAGAAUGAAGAAUAAUAAAAUGCAGAUCAAUGAUGUUGUAGAUGAUAUAAAGCAGAGGUUUUCAGUUGAAAUCCCGGGAACAAGAGCAUUUAAGGCUAGAAAGCUUGCUAGGCAAUUAAUUGAGGGAGACUCUAGCAAGCAAUACUUUUUGUUAUGGUCAUAUAGUGCUGAGAUUAAGAGGGCAUCCAAAGGAAAUAAUUUUAAGUUGGACAUAGAAACCUCUGGUCCUGGAUUACAACCAAGAUUUGGAAGAUACUAUAUUUGUUUUGAUGGUUGCAAAAAGGCCAUUAACAAUGCUUGCAGACCUUUUAUAGGAUUGGAUGGAUGCCAUUUGAAGAAUCAAUACGGAGGCAUAUUGUUGAUUGUUGUAGGCAAAUAUCCUAAUGAUCAGUACCUACCUUUAGCAUUUGGUGUUGUUGAAACAGAAUCUAAGGAUUCAUGGAGCUGGUUCAUGACUCUACUGAUGCAGGACAUUGGGGAAAAAAUAUGGUGUUUUAUAUCAGAUCAACAGAAGGUAUACAUUAUUUAA